ACAUCUCGGGAGGGUUGGUGGUCCUGGCUGGCAGGGUGGACGCGGCUUGUCUUCUCUGGACCACACUGCUAUAAUGGGCACAGUUGCGUAUUUUGAACAAAUUUGCAGACUUUGUGGCCUAGAAAGCAAUGAUCUUAUUAAUUUGUUUGAAAACGCUUACAGCGAGCGCAAUUUGACGACGAUCUUGAAGAAAUAUAUUCGAGUUACGGUUAAUCCUCGGGAUGCAUUACCACAUCAAGUGUGCGGGCCUUGUGUGGCCAAGUUGGAUGAAGUUGUGGAAUUUAUGGAUAUCAGUCAGGCCACACAAAAUAAACUUAAAACUCAACUAAAAGAGAGUUCUUCAGGCAACAGUCUUCAGAUACCCGAGGAGCAUCUAUAUGAGCUUAUCCAGGAUGUUAAAGUUGAGCUUGAAGAGACUGACUCUCAGUUCAUUGAUAAUGUCAAUGAUGAGGAUUUUGGUGCACGUACUAGCAAGGGUCGAACUAGUCGAACAAAAAGUGUGCGGGGGCGUAUGGUAACUACCAAAGGACUUGCUGGAAAAUGGUUAGCAAAAUCAAAAAGCAAGCCAUCACUACGUGUACCUGAUAUAAUAACGGUAACUGAUGGCAAUGGUGGAGAUAACCAAGAAAAAGCAUCAGGUGAAAAUUUGAAGAAGGAAGGAAUGCAGGGAAACACAAUUAGGAGUGCAGUAAGGUGCUGUGUAUGUAAGGCCACAUUUAAUCAUCUUGAGGAUCUAGCUUCUCACUCUCUUGAUGUCCACCAGCUUCCAGAACCUCACUAUAUGUGCCCCCAGUGUCCUCGAACAUUUCCUAAAAUUACUUCAAUGAACAAUCACCAGCGAAGAAAACAUCAAGACUCUUUACAGGAGUGUCCUAAAUGCAAGAAAUUGUAUCCUGCCCAUUAUUUGUGGACAAGACAUAUGCUUGUACACACCAACAGUCGACCAUUUUCAUGUGAUGAAUGUGAGAAGAAAUUCAAAAGUAAGGCAGAGUUAUUCAUUCACAAGAAAACUCACAGACCAAGUGAAGAACGAUACACCCAUUGUUGUGAAGUUUGUGGAAAAAGAUUCACACAGAAAGCAAAUCUGGAAAGUCACUUGCGGCUACAUACUGGUCAUCGCCCCUUCUCUUGCGAAUUUUGCGGCAAGUGUUUCUCUCAAAGAGGUAACAUGGAGGAACAUAGACGAAUACAUACUGGGGAAAAACCAUUCAUAUGUGACAUGUGUGGCAUAAGUUACUCAAGACAAGGUCAACUUGCCAUGCACCGCCGGAAGCACUCUGGGGAGAAGCCUCACAAAUGUCAAUUCUGUGGAAAAGAAUUUCUUCGUAGAGAGGUUCUUAAGAAGCAUGAACAUGUGCAUACAGAUACAAGACCCUACAAGUGUUCAUUCUGUGAAAAAAGCUUUAGGGACCAAGGAAAAAAGAAGGUUCAUGAGAGACUACACACAGGAGAAAGGCCAUUUGAAUGUCAAUUUUGUGGUCGUGGAUUCUGUGAAUCUGGCAAUUUACGCAAACACCUUCGGGUUCAUCAACGCCAUCCAGGAGCUGCAUUAUCAUCAGUGCCAUCUUUAGUACGAGAAAGAGAAAGCUUGCUACCUCUGGUAACUGGAUCAACAGUUGUCUCUAAUGGAGGGCCUAGCUACAGUGUUACUAAUAUACCACAUUCAACAUUCGCUUUUUCUGGAAUUUCUACAUCUCGUCAGAGUACAGAUAUGCAUGCAGAAACUUCUCUGAUGGUUGCACCAGAGGUGACUUCAGUUGCCACAUCUGAAAAUCACUCAACAUCCCACUCUUUGCCACUUGGUACUCAUACUUCUACAGCAGUAAAUGACUCGCCAGGUAUUGAUAAUCGCCCUUUAGUCACUCUGCGGCCAUUACAAGAAUCCCAUGCAAGUCCUGGUUUGUCUCAGACUGAUAGUUGGGCUAUCUAUCAUACUUAGCUGAAUAUUAUUUAAGAUUAUAAUUUUUUAUUGGUGUAAUUGAAGGCACACAGUACAGCAGUCCUGAUUAUAUGAAAAUGAAUACAGUAAUUGGGUCUAGUUUCUGUUUAGUUUAUCUAGACAUUUGGAUGAGUCUGAAAGUGUUUCAUUAUCUUCCACAUCCAAUUUCCUAGUAAAAGUUCUUCUGGAUGCUCUCUGAGCCAGCUCCAUAUGGCAUACUAUGCUAUAGACACAAAGAGUUAUAGAAAAUACAGAGGAAAAAUAGCCAAAGACACAGAGCAAAUGCCUUGUGUAUUUUCUUAAACCCCUAACAUGCUUAGGAUAUAGCUUGAGGUUAUCUUGAGAUGAUUUCGGGGCUUUUUAGUGUCCCCGCAGCCCGGUCCACAACCUGGCCUCCACCCCCCAGGAAGCAGCCCGUGACAGCUGACUAACACCCAGGUACCUAUUUUACUG